AUGCCUCACAAGGAGCAUUUGGAUAUAGUUGAGCUGCAUCCCACUUUCGGCGCAGAAGUUCGCGGCAUCGACUUCUCGCAGCCAAUCCCAGAAGACGUCUUCGCUGAAGUCCAAGCUGCCAUCACAAAAUACGGCGUCCUCGUUUUCCGCAAAGCCGACCUAGACGACGCCGGCCACGUUGCCUUCGCCUCGCGCUUCGGCGCGCUCGACGACGUGCGCCCCUACUCGACGCUGGGCAAGCAGCACCGACUCUCGACAGACCAGCUCUUCGACGUGUCCAACGUGCUGGUCGACGGCAGCGUCGCGCCGCUCGACUCGCACCGGCACGCCAUGAACAAGGGCAACGCCCUCUUCCACGUCGACUCCAGCUUCAACGCCCGCCGCGCCGGCCACUCGCUGCUGCGCGCCGCCCGCCUGCCGCCGCCCGGCUCCGGCGGUGCCACCGAGUUUGCCGACACGCGCGCCGCGUUCGCAGACCUGCCCGAGCGGACGAGGGAGGAGCUGGUCAGGGCGGACCCGGUCGCGUGCCACUCGCUGAUGCACAGCCGGAAGCUGGCCUGUCCCGAACUGCUGGCCCAUGUGGAUCCCGAGAGCUACCCGUUCGGCAGGCACAGGCUGGUGCAGAAGCACGAGCCGAGCGGCCGGUGGAACCUGUACAUCGCCAGUCAUGUGCAUCACCUGGAAGGCUGGGAGAAGGAGGAGUCUGACCGGCUGGUUCGAGAGUUGUACGAGCAUGCCUGUCAGCCCAAGUAUGUGUUGAGGGUGGAGUGGGAGAACGAUGGCGACUUGGUCAUGUGGGAUAACACGUGUGUCAUGCAUAGAGCUACGGGAGGCGACUAUGAGGGCAAGUAUGCGAGGGAUAUGAGGAGGGCUACCGUGCACGACUCCAGCUCUCAGGCCUACGGAAUGAACGGAGAGACGGAUUUCAGGCAGGGAUACCCCUGA